ACUGACACUGACACAGAACUCUGCUUCUCCUGCUGAUCACAGACAAACUGAAGUGUCGUUUGGAAGACGUCCAUCACGACCACUAUUUUGAAAUCGCAGCAUUUCCUGUGCCCUGUACCUGAAGAACCACCAGAGAUUCAUAUCAGCGACCGCGUCACAACCCCGGAUGGAUGGAUGAGAGUCUGAUCAGAUCAACUCUCCAAACAACUGACCUUCAUACCAACUGAUUUACACUUUAACAUUGUUGUCACAGAUUCUGUGUCGUCACCAGAAUGUGGUCUGGAAUGAGCUUAGCAUGGAAGUCGGUCACUUCUUUAUUUUCAAAACCAAAAUCAAAUGAUCCUGAAGAAACUCCAGAUGUUUUUGACUCUUUUGAUACUUUACAAUCAAACGACUGCGUUCCAGAGACGCCAGAAUGCUCUCAGCGACUAGCGGACGCCGUUAAAGAUGAAAGCACACUGCUGAAACCUCAGUCAGGGCCUAUCCCUGUUUAUAAAAUUCCCCUGCAAGAGGAGGACAUCGCUAUGAACGGGUGCAAACGUUUCCGCUUCGGGAAAGAGUCCCAUGGACCUAAUCGCACCAUAAUGGUUCUGGGAGCAACUGGUGCUGGCAAAUCAACUCUUAUCAACGGGAUGAUUAAUUACGUUCUCGGUGUUGAGUGGAACGAUCCCUAUCGGUUUAAAUUAGUAGAUGAGGGUCAGUCCACCUCACAAGCUCACAGCCAGACUACUGAAGUCACGACAUACAAACUCAACCAUCGGGACGGCUUUAAAAUUCAGAACUCGCUCACUAUUGUUGACACUCCAGGCUUUGGAGAUACGAGAGGUAUCAAAAAGGACAAGUUGAUCGUAGAGCAGCUUCGUCAUCUCUUCUCUGCUCAGAGUGGUGUCAGUGAAAUCGAUGCUGUGUGUUUCGUAGCUCAGGCUUCUUUAGCACGACUCACACCAACACAGAAAUACGUGUUUGACUCAGUGCUCUCCAUCUUCGGCAAAGACGUGGCAGAAAACAUCCAGAUUCUGGUGACAUUUGCAGACGGCCAACAUCCACCAGUUCUGGAGGCGAUCAACGAAGCGGGUGUCCCGUGUCCGAAAACAAAAGAAGGACUGCCGGUUCACUUCAAGUUCAAUAACUCAGCGUUGUUUGCCCAAAACAAGAGAGCAGCAGAGAGCGCGAGUGAGGAAGAUGACGAGGGAGGCUUCGAUGAGAUGUUUUGGAACAUGGGGAUAAAAAGCAUGAGGAGGUUUUUCACUGCUUUGAAUGUAAUGACGACCAAAAGCUUGACGAUGACAAAGGACGUCCUCAGAGAACGACAGCAGCUCAAGAUCUUAGUUCAGAGUUUGCAGAAGCAGGUUAAAAUUGGGUUUGACAAGCUGGAGGAGAUAAAAGAGACGGCUACACAACUGAAAGAUCACGAGGCAGAGAUCAGCAGAAACAAGGAUUUUGUGAUCGAACUCAAAGUCAAUAAGGCUUUUCAAUAUGAUAUUUCUGGUUCUGGAACUUUCCUCACAAACUGUCAGCAGUGUCAUUUUACCUGUCAUGACAAUUGUGCUUAUGCAGCUGAUGCAGAUAAAAAACGCUGUAGUGCAAUGGGACCAGAUGGGUUCUGUAAGAUGUGCCCAGGCAAAUGUGUUUGGAGUGUACAUUAUAAUCAGAAGUACCGAUGGGAGUACAAGGAAGUCACAGAAAGACAAACAGUAAAAGAGCUGGAAGAUAAGUACCUGGGAGCCACAGGGGCUAAGAUGUCUGUGGAGACACUGAUUGACAGACUGAAGGCUGAGUAUGACCUUAUGAAGGCUGAGGUGGUGAAAGUGAUGGGUGAAUCUGCCAAGUGUCUAAACAGACUUAAAGAGAUCGCACUGAGGCCAAACCCUCUGUCCACUCCAGAGUACAUCGACAUGCUCAUAGAAGGAGAGAAAGCUGAGGCCAAGUCGGGCUGGAAGAAACGAGUCCAGUAUCUGAUAAACAUGAGAGAACACGCAGAGUUCAUGGCUAAAGUGGGGAGAGGAGAAGAAUUCCUCCAGAGUUCAUCCAGUGACUUCCAGUCUUUUCUUCAAGGUCCAACGAAGGACGGUGCCGACCAAGACACGACUGAUACCACCAACGAAAAGGGAGUUGCCGAACAGGACCAAGAUGAGAACGACCAAGACCAAGAUGAGAAUGACAAAGACCAAGUAAACACUGAAGACCAGGACCAAGAUGAGAACGACGAAGACCAAGACCAGAACGAGACCGAUGAAGGCCAAGAUAAGAAUGAUGAAGACCAAGACCAGAACGAGACCGAUGAAGGCCAAGAUGAGAAUGACGAAGACCAAGACCAGAACGAGACCGUCGAAAGCCAAGAUGAGAAUGAUGAAGACCAAGACCAGAAUGAGACCGACGAAGGCCAAGAUGAGAAUGACAAAGACCAAGACCAGAACGAGACCGACGAAGGCCAAGAUGAGAAUGACGAAGACCAAGACCAGAACGAGACCGAUGAAGGCCAAGAUGAGAAUGAUGAAGACCAAGACCAGAACGAGACCGAUGAAGGCCAAGAUAAGAAUGAUGAAGACCAAGACCAGAACGAGACCGAUGAAGGCCAAGAUGAGAAUGACAAAGACCAAGUAAACACUGAAGACAAGGACCAAGAUGAAGAUCAGGAGCUGGAGCUGGAUUCAAAUGAAAGCUUUGAGGACCAAGAUCCUGACAUUGAUUCCAACAACGACCAGGACGAGAAAGAUUCUGAUUCCAACCAAGACGUCGCUCACACUGCGACAGAGACGGACUGAGGCGUCUUCCAAACUUCUACAUUUUCAUUUAAACCGAAACCAUCUCUGUCUUUGGCUCCAUAUCAUUUUAAUCCCCAUCCAGACUCACAUGCAUGUGAACACGUAUCACCUGACCAUGCACGUACACAUGCAUGUGCCGUUGUAAACAGGAAGCAUUUGUUGUUAGUUGCAAAAAAGAGCUCAGCUACAAACGAAAAGCAUCAAUGUUGAACGCUGAGGCCGGUUGUUUUCUGCAUGAAGGAGGUCAUGUGACAGGAGCCUGACGAAUCAGAGAGAAAGGAACCAAUCACCAAGAGGUUGUGAGCGUCUACGUUAUCGUUUCCAAACAUCUCGGUUUCUGUCCGUCCAGAUGAACACGCAGCACCGGAGUUUUCAAACUCAAACGGGACCAACAGUGUUUCCAAACUUCUCUGUUUUAAUGUUUCUGCCUCUUUGCUUCACGAUUCUUCAUCAGCUCGAUGAUUAAUUAACAAUUUAGCAUUUAUUUUAAUUACACAUCAAAAUGCAACUUCCAGUCACAGCAUGACAGCGUGUUGUGUGGGAGUAAUGUUGCUCUGUGUCAUAGUAGAAAGCUGAGAGCUAACAUGACAGCCAUGUCAACAGUGUAGUUCACUGGUGUGAUGUCGGCCAUAUCGUAUCUGUGUCUUUACGUGUUUCAUGUCUGAAUUACAUGAUAAAACAAACCUUGGAACAAAUGUCAGUUUGCUUGGUUUGAACCUGUGUUUUACUCACAGCUGGUUUGAUCUGUGCUUGUGUUCUAUAACUUUUUAUGUUUGGAAAACCUGAAGUUGAAGUUGUGUUAUUGUUCUGCAGUUUAUUCAAGUAUCUCUGACAGAAAUAUAUAAGUAAAUAAAUCCAAGUUGAACAACUGA